CAUGCCUACAUGGUACAAAGCUUUAGCAAGUUGUAGAAUUUCACCCUACGAUAGAAUUUUCCUCUACUAUUUCAAAGUUUGAACCUUCCUCAACGAAAAAAAGGAACAGACUUUUUACUUGUGCCAUUGACCAAGAACCACACACAAAGAGGAGGAAGAGGAAAUCAAAUGGGUUUUGGGAGUUUGAUGGAUUAUUCAACAAAUCCCACAGAAGAAAUCAGAAGCUGCUUAUUAAUUUUUGGUCACGACCAGUCUUAAUCAAAGUAGUUCGUCUCCUACUUGGUUAUUAAAAGUGUAUAUCUCUGUUGGGUCGUUUCUCUUCUCCUACCACCUCUUUGACCUUUAAUGAUGGACUCAUAGUUUGGUGCAAAGUGACAAAAAGGAGAAACAAAAAAAGAGUCGAUCUUGGAGAUUUCAUAUUAUUUUCUGGGCAAUUCUGUUUGGUUGCAGAGGAAGUGAGCCAAAACAAUGGGGAUCGUUUCAGAAGAAGCCAUUGAUGAAUUCCAAGAGCUGAUGGAUCAAGUUGAGGAGCCAUUGAAGGAAACAUAUGAGAGAGUCCAUCAGGGAUUUCUGAGAGAGAAUUUGGGUCGUUUUCUGAAAGCACGAGACUGGAACGUAUGCAAAGCUCACACAAUGCUGGUUGAGUGUUUGCGUUGGAGGGUGGAUAAUGAAAUUGACAGUAUCCUAUCCAAACCUAUUGUUCCUACUGAGUUGUAUAGGGACGUACGAGAUUCUCAACUCAUAGGAAUGUCAGGUUACACCAAAGAGGGCUUGCCUGUCUUUGCUAUUGGCGUUGGCCUCAGCACAUUCGACAAAGCUUCUGUUCACUACUAUGUCCAGUCCCACAUACAAAUCAAUGAAUAUAGAGACCGUGUAUUACUGCCUUCUAUCUCUAAGAAGAAUGGGCGGCCAAUCACCACCUGCGUCAAGGUUCUAGAUAUGACGGGGUUGAAGCUUUCAGCGCUAAGCCAAAUCAAGUUAGUGACUAUCAUAUCGACCAUCGAUGAUCUCAACUAUCCAGAGAAGACAAAUACUUACUAUGUUGUGAACGCUCCAUAUAUAUUUUCCGCAUGUUGGAAGGUUGUAAAACCUCUUUUACAAGAGAGGACACGGAAAAAAGUUCAUGUCUUAUCCGGAUGCGGAAAGGAUGAAUUAUUGAAGAUUAUGGACUUCACAUCCCUCCCACAUUUCUGUAGAAGUGGAAGCUCUGGGUCAUCUCACCACACUCAGAGCGCAAAUUGUUUUUCUAUCGAUCAUCCCUUCCAUCAACAGCUAUACAACUAUGUGAAGCACCAUUAUGAAACCCGGGGACAAGCAGAACCUGCAAAGCAAGGAUCGUUCCACGUGGGUUUUCCUGAGCCUGAAGCUGAACGUUGUGUGAUAGCCAAAACCAUAGAAUCGGAACUGCACAAGUUUGAGAACCGCAACGGUCUGGCCAUGUCCAUUGAUGACAGAAAAGCCAGUCAUGAAACACUGGCAGAUGAUGACCUCUGAAUGCUUCUGAGGGAAUUCCUUCUGUGCCUCCACAUUUAAGAUAUAUAUAUAUUUUACAGGUGAGCUAGCAAUUCAAAUGAGUAAGCGAGUACUGAGCUGUGUCCGCUCCCUAGCCAUGCAAAUGUAAAGCGAAAAGAAGAGAAUAAAUCUUGAACUGAAUGCACUUCUGGUUUUAUGUAUAGUAUUAUUUGAUCCUCUUAAUGUAGCAAAUUUAUUUGUGGGAAAUCUACCUCUCAUUUCCCUAAGCA